AAAGGAACGCACCCGUAUUGAUCACAAGGUUGUUGUACCUUUUGGACAUAAAAAGUCCGAAGAUUCGCCACGGCCUUACCAUUCGCUACUCUAAAGGCGUCUACUGUGCAAAACCGUGAUGGCUGCACUGAACGGUCUCGUACUUUUGCUGCUUACCAUUUCUGCUAUGUUCAUAAGUGAGUGUUACAGUACUGGUGAGCGUCAAUCCAUCCAGAGGGAAGGCCGGUGUGAGGAAGUGACAUGCCACCGUACACUCAACCACCUCGGUGUAGCAGUGACAAGCGGUUGCCCGUCUGGCUGUUUAUGUGUCAUCAGCGCACCCGAUAGUGCAGUCAACGUAAACGGGACGUGCUAUCAACUAAUGGGUUCCACCAGCACCACAACAAGCAGUACACCCUCGUCGGAGGACCAAGAAUAAUGCCGGUGAAAGCGAUGUGACGGCGACCAACGAAGUAUGUUUCAAACAAAACAAGCAUAAAGAAAGGCGCUUAAUUUGUUUGGAAUGGAAUAAAAAUCUUAUAAAUAA